UCGGAGUAGGAGUAGCAGUAUUACUUUGUGCUAGCUUGGUUGCGAUUGUUAUUGUUGGGUAGGAACUAAUUGCUUAUCAGCUGUUGUGCGGGGAGCUGCUUUCAGUGAGCACACACAAGAAAGCUGUCGGACUCACAUGUUUGUUUGGUAAUUCUAAAGCAAGUUACUUUAGAUGUAGUUUGAAUAUAGUGCAACAAAUCGGACAUUGUUAAGCGGAGAUGUCAGCGUCAUUGGUCAGGAGAGGCCUGGAGCUGCUGAACGAUGAUAUCAAAGUCAGCAGUCGAGUGAAGAAGAAGCAGCAGACCCCCAGUUCGGCCACAGUGAUGGAUCUGGUCAGCACCAAGCGGCAGGGGGUCACCAAACAGGUCAAGAGGCUGCAGGGCCGCCUCGGGCCCAGGAAAAGCAAGGCCACAGUCAAAGACAAGCGGAUCAGAUCAGCAGUGGAGGAUUUUAGGAAAAACCAACCAAAGAGCCAGCUGAACGCCAAUCUGAAGUACUUUUUGGAAACAACAGGCAAAGUAGAAGCCUUUGAUGCAAAGAAGAUUUUGAAGCACAGUAGAGGGAGGCAGUCAAGAAAUCAUCCAGACAAACCUGUGGAAAAGUCCAAGGAGGCUCAGUCGUUGUUCACGGAGGAGGAGUUCCAGCAGUUCCAGAGGGAAUACUUUGGCAGGACUGUGGAGGGAAAGAAAUGACACCAACUCUGAGGGGAAACAUUAAAAACCACGGAGAAAGCAGCCGGACUGUGUUGUGUGGAUCAAAGUGGAUUUUCAGUGAGACUGUACUAGAAUUUAGUUCCACUGCACUCCACAGAAAUACUUCAUUACUGAAACAGUAACACACACCCCACCUAUUUAGAGGUGGGGUGUACAGGUUUAUUAGAUCAUAUUUCAAAAGUUACUGUGGAAAACAGUAGUGGAUGUUUUGUGCACAUUAUGCUUUUCUAAUUAAAAAAUGAUGAAGAAAAGAAAACACGUUUGAGUUCUAGUACUUGACACAAUAUUACAGUGUGAAGUAUUUAUAUUUAUUUGUACCUUUACAACCAGUACAGUACUGGUUGCUGUUUAUAUAAACAGUACAACUCACUACAUACCAGAAUAAUUACCACCUUUGUAUCGGGAGAUGCUAACAAAAUCAACCCUACCGUAGCAUCGUAAGGCGGAUGGUCAUCUGAUCAGAUGCAGAAUCAGAUUAGCUAAAUGUUUGAUGAGACAUUAUGACUUUAAGAAGCUUUAAUUUGUUUUCCCUCACAAAGCCUGCAGAAAGUGUUUGUUUCAGACUCCAUACGUUGAUUCUGGCUCACUAGAAGUUUAGCUGCUACAUUUCUAACAUUCCAGAAAACUUGAAUCUGUGAAUGCUGUAAAGAACUGCAUUUUCUUAAGCUACCUUUCUAAAAUAAAAUCUGUAAAAACAACUCAGAGAUGUAAAAAAAUAAAAUAAAAAACAUGAAAUGGAUGUUCAGACGGGUCUUUUCCAGUUCCACAGAUUCUCAGCU